CCCCGCCCGCCCCAUCCACGCCGCGUCGCCCUCCGCCCUCCAAAUAAAGUAAACGCGGGUGGUGACAGGAGGGCCACCACCGAAUACUCCCCCGCCGCGUCCGCUCGCUAUUAACCCGUCGCCUCGCCCCCCCCCCCCCCCCCCCCCCGCUCGAUCCCCUCCGCCUUCCUCGCCGCCACCGGAGCCGGGCCUGCCUCCUCUCUCUCGUUCAGGGUCCGGGGAGAGGAGAAGGGAGCCGGCCGCCAUGGGGUUCUGGGAGGCCUUCCUCAACUGGCUCCGCAGCCUCUUCUUCAAGCAAGAGAUGGAACUUUCCUUGAUAGGGCUCCAAAAUGCUGGGAAAACAUCACUUGUGAAUGUCAUUGCUACCGGUGGGUUUAGUGAGGAUAUGAUUCCUACUGUAGGAUUCAAUAUGAGAAAGGUAACCAAAGGAAAUGUCACAAUAAAAUUGUGGGAUCUUGGAGGCCAGCCAAGAUUCCGAAGCAUGUGGGAGAGAUACUGCCGUGCAGUUUCUGCAAUUGUGUAUGUUGUUGACGCGGCAGAUCGAGAAAACAUGGCCAUUGCAAAAGGCGAGCUCCAUGACCUCCUGAGCAAACCAUCUUUGACUGGGAUCCCGCUACUAGUCAUUGGCAAUAAAGUUGACAAGCCUGAAGCUUUCCCUAAGCAAAGCUUCACUGAAGUCAUGGGCUUAAAGACAAUCACUGACCGAGAAGUGGCAUGCUUCAUGAUAUCAUGCAAGAACUCGACCAACAUUGAUUCUGUCAUCGACUGGCUGGUGAAGCACUCGAAAAAGAAGAAUUGAUCUAAAUCUGUAACUCUUGAAGCGUGCUCCAGUUUCUCUCUUUUUGCAUGUCGCGUAGCAUUGGGGCUGUAAAUUAUGCAAGAGGUAUUGAUCAGGAUGUUGUGUUCAUAAUUUUGUUGGUAGACUACGUUUGGUGUGCACGCGCGGGCUCUGUUACAACUUACAGAAGGCUGCCCUCUGUUUCAUAUUUGCUCGGUCAAUUUGAGCAGUGUGAUUUGUUUCACAUUGUUUACUUGAAGAUCAAACAAAACUGAAUGAAA